AUCACUUAACGAAGCUUGAUUUUAGUCCGAGGGACUCAGUGGAUCAUGGAGACACCAUGACGCAUCCUAAUUUUGUGACAAAUGGCGCCAGCCUUGAAGACUGCCAUACUAAUUUCUUCGCAUUGGCUGACUUAUGCGGUAUAAAAUGGCGCCGUUAUUAUGCUGAAAGUUUAUUGUGCUACGAUCCCUUGGAUGAUCCGGUGUUGUCAUCAUUCAGCAAGUGUUCGGCGACCGACAUCUUGUGUGUAUGGAGGAGAGUGGCAUCCCAGGGAUACGACCAACAUCGAAACAACUUACAAGAUGGUAGUCAGCUUAAUUACAAAAAGGAACUAUGGAUAUUUUGGUACGGUGAAGAACCAGAUCUUAAUGGCUUGGUCAGCGCAGAACUUACUGCGGAUCCUGAGCAAGGAUCGUGGGAAAAUGGUCUUUCAUACGAAUGUAGAACACUUCUUUUUAAAGCGUUGCACAACUUGAUAGAAAGGAGUUUGUUAUCUAAGGGAUUUUCUCGCCUUGGGAAGUGGUUUGUACAGCCUUACGAUGGCAAUGAAAAGGGUAUUAAAAGCCCACAACUUUCUUUUGCUUUUCACUUUUUUAUCCAUGGAGAAAGUACGGUUUGUGCAAGUGUGGAUGUCAGACAACGAAUUGCAGUGUGUCAGCUAACGCGUCAGCAUUUAUCAUUAGCACAGGGCUGCCACACAGGCUUGAAAGUGAUACUUUGUCCAUAUGGAAUGGCAGGUACUUUGACUGGUCAAAGUUACAAAGAAACGGAUAUAACCACCCAGAGGUUGUUGAGCGAUUGGCAUCACUUUUAUCCAUUACGGUCAAAAAACGUAAAAGAAUGUGUUAGUGACGAUGACCAGAUCAUGUCAGCGGUGGAAGUCAUAGUUGGUGGCAUAAAAAUGCGUUAUCCCUCGAGCUACGUCCUCGUGACCGAGAUCGACGAACUCUCCGCCAUCGGUCAGAACUCCGGCGUCUCGCAGCUUUCCUCGUUCGGCGCCUCACCUUCCGGCUUUUGUGCUUCCCGCCAGAAGGCUUCCCUCCUCGCGGGCGUACUGACUCCUCCCACGUCCCCCUGUGAUCCUUCCAUGACGACAAGCUCCAACGACAGAGGGCGGCACUCUUCUUCGAGUCACGAGCCCGGCGAAAACGCCGCCGGCUCUUACUCGGGCUACACCACGGCCUGGAAAGUCAAGGAAGCCUCCUGGCAAGACGGCGCCCUGCAAGGCCGCAGGCAGACCGCCGAGCCCGGAUUCUGGGACUUCGGUGACCCUUCGUCUUUGGUCGGAUGCAAUUGCUCAAGGUGCAAAGGAAAUGCGAGCCAAGAAAAAAGUACGCUUAAAGUACCCACUUCCAGUGCGACCGCCGCCGUUUCCACCGCCAGUCCCUCGGCCUCCGCGGGCAGUCCCAACUGCACCGCGACCACCACCACCGCCGCCGGAUCCGCGACGGCGGUCCGCAAGGUCGAGAGACCGGACAGAGCGAGAGUGCCCGGCCGGUACAGGGGAGCCGUGCCCUUCCACAAGCGGAACGCCUUCUCCGACGGAGCGUCGGAAGCGGACGGUUACUCCAUAGCCUCCGCCUUCGCGAUGGCUUCCGUGCCCGGGACCCAGCUGCCCGGCAGCAGCGGCACGAACUUUCAGUUCAAGGGCUUGAGCCAGUCGCUGCGAUCCUCCACCCCCAGCGGCCUUCCGCAGUUGCACACGUCCGUGGUGCAGCCCUCGUCCCUCGGAUCCCCCCACCCGGGGACUCCGUUGACGGACGGACCGAAUUCCCAGUCGACCGAGCCCGCCAUGCCCACCCUGUCUCCCCAUCCCCCCUCGGUGAAGGAGGAAGAGACGACGCCUAUGGAAUCUCAGGACCCCGGCGUGUCGACGCAGAGUCCGGCGGCGGAGACCAAGGAGACCAAGGAGAAGAUAGCCGCCGAUAUGGUGUCUUCGCCUUACCCAAAUAGCAAUGUAAAUAAUGUAAUUGAAAAUAUCAAAAGUGAAGAAUCUCCCUCUUCUCAAAAUAACUGCAGCAAUAAUAACACUAACGGUAACGGUUGGACUCCUAGCACGCAGGAAGACAUAAAGCCAACUGUUACGCUUAGUACUGUUCCUACUACGUCAGCACCUUCUAUUCCUGCCCAUGUGUUAAAAAGGCCUUCUCUAAUUGUGUGCUCUCACGAGGACCCUCGCGACGAGCUAGUCAUGGAUGGAAUGUUGUACGACUAUGCAUUCCUCAAUACAUCAGUUUGGGAAAGUAUGUCUAGCAAACGCCGUAAACUCUGGCUCAACAGAGGAGUUCAGCUGAAUAAUUUUGACACCCAAAGUUUGAAUGGCAAAGACAGUUUAACUCAAAUGCAAGUUGAUGAAAAUUUAACUUCAAAACCAAAAGAUCCAUAUGAAUUCAACGAUGAGUUUGAUGAAGAAAGUCCGUCAUCAGGCUUCAGGAUUAAAGUAGAAGAAGAAGAUAUCAAAAAGGAACCUGGUCUACCUUUAACGCCCGAGUCACAGAGUCUAACGCCGGGACAGAUAUCUUCGGCACCUUUAACGCCAACGCAAGAUCCCCCUAAACCGCCUUCCAAUGGGGAGCAGCAACCGGUAUCUUCUCCUCUAACGCCUCGAAACCAAGGGUCGAGUUUUACCAGUGAAAAAGAUCUGCAAGUCACCGAUAGAGACUUGGAGAACAUAUUUGAAACAUCAUCAUCUGACGACAGUGCGGAUGACCUGUUUCAAGCUCCUUCUACACCAACAUCAAGCAAAUUGUGUGGUACACCCGAAGAACCCUUUUCAGGGAAAGGCAAAGGGAAUUCUUUCCUUUCAAUUUUAGGCGUGGCAGAACUUACGAGGAUGUUUCCUACACCACCCUCCUUAGAACAUAAUACGGCUCCUUCCCCUUCCUUAUGUGGCAGUGACUUGACUACUCUUGAUGGUUCUGACUGCUGUCGUGAUAAAACAGAUAUGGACGGUGGAUGUAGUCCAUAUUAUGAACCUGUAAAAGACUGGUCAUUUGUAUAUAAACUACCCCUACAGUACAAAUUUAUUGGCUCCAAAAGGUACGCUCCUCUCACCACAUUAUCAAGUCAACUUCAGCCUCUCAACCUAUCCACAGAACAUGUCUACAAACCUUCUUGGACGAACAAUGCUCCAUCUUCAACCCUUCCUGCCAACAAUGCAUUGCCUAGCUCCCAGAUGCACACAGAAAGGUUACCAGCUAAUUCUAAUUCUCAAUUUUCAAUGAUGAUAGUGAACGAGCAAGGAGAACGAAUGGUGCCGCCCAUGUUUUCCGUGGAACCUCCCAUCGAUCAACGAACUCUGCCCGUGAACUAUGAAUUGCAAAGUCCUGCAUCUAGUGCCUCGUCCUACUUGAACAAACACUUGAAUUCUGUGGACAGUAGCGGCACGACUUCCUCGAUACCAGAGGCGCACAGUCUGCUGGUGAAUCUCGUGAUAGCCGACUCCAUGCUCAAUUUAUUCAAGGACCAUAAUUUCUCCAGUUGUACUCUUUGCGUUUGCAACAUGAACACCAAAGGCGCGGAUGCGGGCAUCAACUUGCCGAGCAGCCUGAUACCCUCGGGCACAGACGAGCCGCAGUACAAGUGCACGUGCGGCUUCAGUGCGGUGGUCAACCGCCACCAGAGCCACCGGGCGGGUAUCUUCUACGAGGACGAGCUCGACAUAACGGGCCACCGCUACGAAACGUUCUUCGGCAGGAAGAGCCUCUCGCUCGUCGAGAGCGCUUCCUCCAAGAAGGCGGAACAGAGCUGCGAGGAGGAGGCGGCAAACGCUCAAGUGGACCUCGUGCCGCAUUCUGUCGUGGACCUGAUCAAAGUGCAGUGCUCGCACGUGUGCUCGACGUUCUCGCUGUUCCACAAAGCGGAACAGUUCCGCAGCUCGGACCAGUGCUACCUGCAUUGCAAUGCCCUCGAAAUGUCCGACGGCUGCGAAGUUUGCUUCCUCGCCUUGGACACGGGUAGACAAGCCGUCGACAACAUAAAUAACAACAAAAUGGACGAAAGUUUGAAGUCUUCCUGCCUUCAUAAGUGGCCUUAUCUAGCAGCUAAAGUGCCAGUGAGCAAUUUAGAAAUAGUCCACCUACUACGGUCAUUGCAACCUGUUCUUCAAGAAGCCGUGCAACAGAGGCGCCAUCAGAAACUUUGGGAAGUCACAUAUCCAGUUCUAGGUCCACUAACAUGGAGGCAGUUUCAUCGACUUGCAGGAAGAGGCACGGAAGAUCAGUGUGAGCCUCAGCCUAUUCCUUCUCUCCUUGUGGGCUAUGAGAAGGAUUGGCUAGCAUUGUCACCAUUUGCCUUAAAAUAUUGGGACAAACUCCUUUUGGAGCCCUACACAACCAGCAGGGAUAUUGCGUACGUUGUCGUGGCUCCAGACAGUGAUUUUGUUUUGACCCACAUUAAAAAGUUUUUCAAAGAACUGAGCACGAUAUACGAGCUGUGCAAGCUGGGAAAACACUGCCCUAUAACCAAAGUAUUAAGAGACGGUAUAAUGAGGGUUGGGAAAUCUACUGCGAAGAAACUGGCCGAUGAGCCCGUUGAUGAUUGGUUUAGUCUCAUUGGAGAUGGACCAAUUGCUAAUAGACUUAAACUUUACGCUCAGGCCUGUCGUUAUCAUUUAGCACCACAUUUAGCAACACAGCCUCUUGAUAGCAGUCUUUUAGAAUCUCCUCCUGCUCUUAAAACUCCGGAUAAACCUCCAACUGCUGCUUCGCCUAGAACAACAUCAACAGGAGGAGAGAACAUUGACAGAGAACCAGCAUUUAAAACAGAACCUGAUUCUAGACCAGAUUCUGCAUCUGCCAAUGAGUGUGCCCCCUCGUCUACAUCGUCAUCUUCAGAUUCGGCCGAUUCGGAGGAUUGUCAGCAAACUCCCACCAUUGUCAUUUAUAUUGUUGAACCUUUCACUCAUGGAACGGCCGAUGGAGAUAUUUAUCGGUUGGCGAGCCUGGGGCUCAUGCGUUCCUAUACACACAUGUUGCAAUUUUUACCAGAGCAUAUAAAGAACAACAUUCAUUUGCAGGUUGUUACAUUAGAUUCUAUAUUAAGACUGGGUUCCAUGGAAAAUUCAGAGAGGCGGAAAGACCAGCUGAAAGCGUUGGCGUUUUCUGUGUUUUCCCAGUGUCAUCAGAUGUUCAUGCAUCAAACCAUUGCCAAGUCUCUUACCGGAUUUGGCCCAGCCGCUGCCCAAGAUAUUUUUGUAAAAAGCAGAGAUGCAAGGCAUUCGGUCUUCUCGCCUCCUCCAAGCAAAGCAUUUACAUUGGCCCCACAGAAAGAUAAACAAGCAGAACUAGGUGAAAUGUUUGGGGACAGAAGAGAAAAAUCCAGUAUUUUAUAUUGCACUUAUUGCUUGACGGAAGAUCAAAGGUGGCUAGUCGCCAGUUGCACAGACGACAAAGGAGAUUUGUUGGAAACAUGUUGCAUCAGUAUUGAAGUUCCUAACAGAACUCGAAGAAAAAAGGCCUCUGUUAGAAGAUUUGCCCUUCAUAAACUAUUAGAUUUCAUCGUCGAGGUGCUUUCCAAGUGUCUACAUGCCUGGCGUCUGGUGAUCAGCAGAUUGGGUCGACUGGGCCACGGAGAGUUGCGAGACUGGGCAACUUUCCUGAGCCGGAAGUCGCUGCUCAGGUACAGCAGACAGCUGAGAGAAUUGUGCCACCAGUGUGCUGUCCUCGGUCAUCCUGACGCCCCUGCUAUUCUGUCAGCGUGCCUAGUGUCCUUAGAGCCAGAUUCAACCCUCCGAGUCAUGGCCGAUCAGUUCACUCCCGAUGACAGGUUCAGCAGCAGCUGCAACUCGUGUGAUCUGAGCACGCCCGAAGAUGCUUCCUGUACACAUAUCCUUGUCUUCCCAACUUCGUCUACGGCUCAGUCGUCUCAAGCAACAUUCCAGGCGGAGCAGAUUGAAACUUCAACGAUCCUAGGAGACGAUGACGACAUAUUUCAAGCGUUGAACGAUGAUGACAUUGCUGUUGGACAGGAUAUAAAUGAUAUUUUCCGUUGGACGGAAAGUCCUCCUCAAAGUCCUGGAGCUUCCCCGCGUCGAGAUUCAAUUUCGCAACCCGGGAGUCCCAGUAUGGGAUUGGGCCGACAUUCACCAUUUCAUCAUGGGGGACCAAAUAGGGGCUCUGGCAAUUUGUCGAUGGAUACUCAGGAUGAGCCUUUACAGUUGUUACAGCAGCCACUUGCUUUAGGCUACUAUGUUUCCACUGCCAGAACUGGACCUUUGCCAAAAUGGUUUUGGUCAACAUGUCCACAAUUACAAAACAUUUGCCCUGUUUUUCUCAAGUCAGCAUUAUUGAUUCAUUCUCCUGCGCUACAAUCCAAUCAAGAUGAGUUUCUUCAUCCAAACCCACACACAAGAAAUUAUCACCCACUUGACUCUACUUUAACUACAGAUGUGCUCAGGUAUGUGUUGGAAGGCUACAACUCACUGUCCUGGCUGUCCCUCGACCCUUCCACCCAUGAUCGUCGCUCUUGCCUGCCUGUGCACAUCCAGGUUUUAAUGCAGCUCUACCAGGCAGUCGAAGCACUAAUAUGA